AUGGGUUCAAAGAACAUGAGAGUAAAAAAGCCUACAUCUAACUCUCCAAGAAAUGCACCAAAACUCAAUUCACCAAUUGCCUCAGAGUCUAAGCUCAUCCCUUCCAAAGCUCCAAAAGAUCGCCAUGCCAAGGUUCAUGGGCGCGAUCGACGUAUCCGUCUUCCACCAUUGUGUGCUGCUCGUGUGUUUCAGCUAACUCGUGAGCUCGGAAACAAAACAGAUGGUCAGACGGUAGAGUGGCUGUUGAAGAAGGCUGAGCCAUCCAUUAUUGCCUUAACUGGUAAAAAUAUUGCUUCUGCUACCCUAGAUUUGCCUGGCUGCAGCAAGCCUUUUGAUCCAUCUUCAUCAAACAUUAAUUCUACUACUACAAGUUAUUUUGAAGAAGAAACUCUUGGUGGAAACAACUAUGCAUUCCCAACGGUUAAUGAAUGCAUACCUUUGCCAAAUUAUGAAUUCGAUUUGGUCUCGGAUUUUGAUAUGGAACUUUUUGCUCAUCACAUUGCUACACUUCAAGAAGUGGCAGAAAACUCUGAGCAAGAAACCGAGGACGGCGAUGACUGAAGAUUUAGAUUAAUGGCAGUUUAUGACAUGUAAUCGAUAGAAAUAAUGGUAUCUCUCUAUAUAUGGCCAAGAUGAUAGAAAUGGAGAAGUAUGAACGUUAUAUUUGCUAGUGAAAAAGGAAAGUAACUAAUAAUCAAAGAAUGAAAGAAAACUUGUUAUGUUCUUUGUUAUCAAAGGAAAGGAAUUCAAUUUAUAGGCAGCUGGGCCAUUUUGGUCGAUGCCUAACCGUCC